AUGGAUAUCGUCGGACCCCUCCCAGCAGGGAGAGGUAAGGUGCGUUCGCUCAAAUACGCGAACACGAAGUCAUCGCGUUCAUCUGAAAAACAUCAUAUGCCGAUACUCUCCACGCCAUAUCACCCUGCCAGCAAAGGUCAAGAGGAAUCCUCCAAUAAGACAAUAUUGAACAUAUUAAAGAAAAAUCUCGAGGACACCAAAGGGCUAUGGCCAGAACUGCUAAUAGAGGUAUUAUGGGCCUAUCGCACAAUGCCGAAAAUCAGCACGGGUGAGACACCGUAUUCACUGGUCUACGACACUGACGCAGUUAUACCCGUUAAGGUCGGGGAACCUAGCCUGAGAUACUCCAAUGAGAAUGGACCAAGAAAUGACGAAAGCAGAUUACAAGACCUGGAUGAGGUUGAAGAACGAAGGGAUAUGGCACACAUAAGGAUGGUGGCCCAAAAAUGA